AUGAUGCAAGGGAUCUUGCCGUCGCUGCCCGCGUCGGCGCCGCACGAUGACGCGUUGCUUCUCACAAGGAAGAAGCCGCCGCAGAGCGUCCGCAACAUCCUCCUGCGCUCCAAGAUGGAGCCGCGCACGCCGCGAAGUACGACGGCGCGCCGAGGCAACCACCGACCGUCGACCAACAUUUGGUCGCACGUGGUCCAGGUCGCCGUGCAGAAGAAGAAGCGCGAGCCAACGCCGAGCACAGAAAGCGACAACGACGGUGACGCGCCGUCGACCGCGGUGGCCAGCAAAGAGGUCACGUCCCUUGCGACGCUGCUCAAGUCGUCGCGGCUCAAAACGUUGGUUGCCAAAGUCAAGUCCAAGGCGCGCCCAGACGUCGAGCCGUCGAACGCAAUGCGGCAGUGGGCGUUGCCGAUCCACACACAGCCAACCAAUGCGACGCAAGAAACGGAAGACCACCCUGACAUCAGCACCGACAAUGACCUCGGCGAGCUGGCGCGGCGCAAGCAAGAUGCGCUCACGGCCAACCAUGGGCGCAACUUGAUCCUGGACGAAGCGUGCCGCGCCGCGUUUACAAAGGACGCCGAGAAUCGAUCGCACCUCGAGCUCCAAUCGCUCAAAACGUGGUUUCUCAAAACGAAACUCAAAUCGUGCACGGAUUUUGAGGCGCUGCAGCCCCUUGAGCUGACGCUGCUCUGCCGCCGUAUGAAGCUCGCCACCUACUACCCCAACGAAGUCGUCUUCAAGCAGGGUGACGACGGUGACGCGCUCUACAUCAUAUUUUCUGGGUCCGUGGACGUUCGCGUGAGCCAAAAGAUUGGGGGCGAAGUCGUCGAAGUUGUCGUUUGUGAAUUGCACAAAGGCGACUUUUUUGGCGAGCGAAGUCUCUUGCGCGACGAGCCACGCGCUGCGACGGUCGUCACCAAGACAAUGACAGAGCUCGUGUCCAUCUGCCGCGACGACUACAACGUCAUGCUCAAGCAGGACCAGCAAGACUUUCUUGACCGGGGAAAAGUCGCGCCCGCCAUCACUGCUGCGGCGUCCAACAGCCACGAGACGUACGUUCGCGUCCUGCGCAAGAAGCCCAACUUGCGGACGAAGGCAGACGCGGCCCUCCUCACCACGUACAUUGAAACCAUCAAGUUCUUCCGCGCGCUCCCGAAAGCGUUCCUUCGAGAGCUCUGCAGCGUCAUUGAGCUCGUGACUGUCGGACCCAACACGACCAUCUUCCGCGAAGGCGAAGUCGGGAAGCUUUUCUAUGUCAUCAUGUCGGGGUCUGUCGACGUCAAGGUCAACUCGGUCGACCGGCGCGGCGGGAAAGGCCUCACGAAGCUCAUCAGCCUCGGCGACGGCGCCCACUUUGGCGAGCUCGCGCUUAUGAAAGCCAAUGGACUGCGCUCGGCGACGGUCAUCACCACAGAGCUGUGUGAGCUGCUCAUCAUAGCCGAGCGUGACUACAACAACAUUUUGCGCAAAUUGCAGAAAGAAGACAUGUCCAAGCGCCUCGCACUCCUCGAUAAAAUCCCCAUGUUUCAAAGUGUCGAGUGGACCAACGAGCUCCUCGAAGAGAUCUGCUACGUGCUCAUCGAGCAGCGGUUUCCCGCCAACUCGAUCCUGUACGCCCAAGGCGACAAGGCAAUGCAAAUGUACUUUGUGACGCGGGGCGAGUGCGUCGUGACGCGCACGAUCGUCGACCCCAAGACACAAGCAUCGCACGAGACGACCAUCGAGCGCUUGGGCCCGUACAACGUUGUUGGUGACGACGCCGCAACGGGCACCAACUUCAACGAAGUCAUUUACCGCGCCGACACGGUCACGGCGACGACUCCGAUUGACGCGCUAGUGCUCACGAAAUACGAUGUGUUUAACCGUCUCUCGCGGGGCGCGCGCGAGACGCUAUGGGGCCACGCGCGCGCACACAAGGCCGCCAUGGUUGUUCUCGACCAGCUCUACAAGUCGCUCAAGUGGAAAGCAUAUAAAGAGCAAGUGCUUGCGACCGAAAUUGAUGCGCAAAAGCUGGCGCGGCGCCUGCGCCACCGCCCGGCGCCGUCACUCAACCCGAUCGCGAUGCGGCCCAAGAUGACGCUGCUCGACAGCAACGACUUGCUGCUCGUGACGCCGCCGACGUCCAGCCCGUCGUCGGCCAUGACCACGGCCAAGUACACGACGCAGUACAACCCGGACAUUGCCACGGAAGACCGAUGCCACGUCAUGGCGCUGGCGACGGCGACAGAGUCUCUCGAGAGCGCACUGCGCGUCGCGGAUGGCAAUCCUGCGGCGUACUUGCGCUACUUGCACGAAAACCGCGAGACACCCAACGACGCAGUCAAAAGCAUCAUUAGCGAGAAAGAUUACUUCUCUGAACACUAUAUCUUUUCGAUGACGACGCCGCCGCUGACGCCGCCGCUGACGCCCCGUCCGCCGCCGGCCAAGAAGUCGCAACAUGCUGCCCGCGCGUCACGUGCCAACGUGAGCGUUCCACCGCUUCUCGAGUUUGCCCCGCAGAUUGUCGUCCUCAACGUCGCCAACCAACAGCUACAGCCCGUCGCGCCUCGCCCAGCGUUCCGGCUCGCGGGAAUGUUUGCCUCGAAAGAAGCUGCCGAUGGCGCGGCCACUGCAAUCGCCGAGUACGAAGCCAAGCACGUGCGCAAAGGAUUCAAGGCCGAGCGCGCGAUCGGGUACUACACCAUCGACACGGGCAAGUAUGUGCUCGCGCCGUCGACGCUCGAGUGCCUCCUCUCGACGUACUACUGCGACCAAGCGCUUCACCGCGUCAUCGACGAGCAUACGGACUGGGAUGCGUGGCGUGCCAAGCACAGCGCGCCGCGGCCCGUCACCGCCGAUACUAUUCAAAAGAUGCUGCACGACACGUGUGGCCACAUGAGCGAGGUCAAGAAGAGUCCGCGCCCUUCGUCGGUGGCGCGCUCGGUGCACUUGCACGACAUUGUCGACGACCACAUUCCGAUCGAGCUCCGCGACGGCGGCAACUUUGCCUGCGUGAGCAUCGUGCUCGUACCCAAGGCAGCGACCGAGCCCGUCCUCGCCGUCCACGGCUGCUUUCGCACCGAAGCCGACGCCAUGGCGUUUGCCGAGCGCGGGAAGAUUCCGCAGCUCGUGGAGAGGGCCAUGCUGUGUGUCGUCCCCAUGUACGAGUGGGUCUUCUUCGACGACGCGCCCGAGUGGUGCGUCUCGCUGCGCAGGUCGCGCGACCGCCAGCUCGAAUUCGAGGCGCUCAAGAAGCAAGUGGCUUCGCACCACGCCCACGGCGCGCCGGCGCUGCCCGACGUGCCGCGGCCGGUGCCGCAUUGGGUCCACGAGAAAGAGAAAGCCACGACGACCCACCAGCUCGUGUGCGCCCAUCUCGGCCUGCGCCCGCCCGAGUCGGAGAAGGCCAACGACAACGACGGCUACACACCCAAGACCAACUCGGUGUUGGACCAAAAGCUGGACGCACUGCGGGACAUCCUCACGGCCCAGCGCGCAAGGUCGGCCAACACGACGCUAACCAAAGUGCAGAAGAUGCAGAAAAUCACCAACCUCAUCAAAGCCAAGGCGGUGUUGGCCAAGGACACGGCCUCCGUCACGGAGGCCGAGGUCACGCCAUCGAGGACGGCGCCCCACUAA